AUGGCCUCAUGCCCACCCAAGCUGGUUUCGGAACCAGCUCGUGAGAGGGAAUCUUUCAAGUAUGGAGCGUCGCUGCUCAACGACAUCACAGACUCGCCAAGUGAAGGCGCCUCUCCCCCAGGCCAAAACACUCCCUCAGAUAACCCGUUCGAAGAUGCUAUUAAGCAGCAAAAGGCCUCAAGAGAUACUGUACUUGCAUCACUUGCACAGCUGGGCUUAUGGAGGACAGGCACCGAUCGCGCCCUAAUCUCUCUGUUCGAUCGCAAUCAUCAAUACAUCGUUGCGGAAACGACGCAAAAGUCAUCUCUUGCACCUGGACCGAUUCGAUCGAGAAACGACCAUGGAGAGUUUUGGUUGUAUCCUGGGACAUUUCCCCGGCAGCUUUCAGUGUGUGAUCGGGCUCUUAUGGCACAGAAGAAUGACCCCUCUGCUCCGGAGACCGAGCUGCCCCUCACCCUGAUACCCGACCUUGAAGCCGAUGCUCGACUUUCGAAACUACCGCACCCCUUAUCAGGAUGUCCCGCUCGAUUCUAUGCUGCUGUUCCUAUACGAUCACCUUCAGGUGUCGAUAUUGGUGUAUAUUGUGUCGUGAAUCCACAGCCUAGGGCAGCUGAGACAUGGAGCGACAGCGACACUCAGGCUCUGCGAGAAGUCUCUUCGAAUAUCAUGGACUAUCUCCAAUCCAAGAGCGUAGGCGAUGCUUACAGAAGAAGUGUGAGAAUGACGAGAGGAAUCGGCUCCUUCGUGGAGAGGGAAUCGACAAUGGCAGGUUGGAGAGCCGGCGCUAGUUCUCCAGCAUUCCACGACGACGUGACCAGAGAAGGUGCUCUAAAUUCUGAACAGCAGGCUCUACAAAGAUUUAGAGGCCUUAGUCUCCAGAAGACGCUCCCAGUGCAUGUGCCGACACAGGCUAACACUGGAAGUGAGACGACUGCUGUGAGCUCUGGGGACACCGGACAAGCGAACAUGACCAGUGUUUCGUCGAAAGACCCAUCUGCUCGAGAAUCCGAUGCCGAUGUGAAGGAGAAAGCGAUGGCCAGGAUUUUCUCACGCGCAGCCAAUCUGAUCCGCGAAGGUAUCGAGAUUGAGGGUGUCCUUUUUCUCGAUGCUAAUCUCGAGGCCUCAGCACUCGAAGGAAUGCUCCAUAACGAUAGCCAUUCGACUCCCGAAUCUUCAUCUAGUAGCGACGAGGCUUCUACUCAAACACCGGAUGAAGAGGAACGGCGAUGCUGUGGUAUUCUCGGGUUUGCCACCUCUACAUCAUCAAGCAUUAAUUCAGAUGCUGUGUCCGAUCUUCACGCUGGCUUACCAAUGAAGUUACUUGCAGCUCUUCUGAGACGAUAUCCUACCGGCAAAAUCUUUAACUUCGAUGAGGAUGGUGAGCUUCUAUCUAGCGGAUCAUCUGAGGAAGAUCUGUCCACUUCUGUGUUCAGACAAGAUGACCUUGUUGAGAGCUCGCCAACGGUCCUUUCCAGUAAGAAGGAGCGCCCUUGGUCAAGAUCUUCAGAGGGGCCAUCUCUAUCAAGAGUAUUCCCCGGUGCUAGAAGUGUGGCUUUCUUGCCUGUUUGGGAUCCCAAGCGUGACCGAUGGCUGGCAGGAGGCUUUGCCUACACUAUGACACCCACAAGGUCCUUUACCAUUGAGGGGGAGCUGAGCUAUCUGAGAGCUUUUGGCAUGCUAGCGAUGUCAGAAACCCAGAGGCUCGAAGCUCUACUGGUAAAUAAGGCACAAUCGGAUGUACUUGGUUCUUUGUCUCACGAGCUGCGGACUCCCCUUCAUGGAGUCAUGCUUGCGGCAGAGCUUCUUUCUGAUACACAGCUGGACGUCUUUCAAGGGAACUUGCUGCGCACCCUGGAAACAUGUGGUCGAACACUUUCCGAGACGAUCGAUCAUCUUCUAUACUUUUCUAAAGUCAACCAAGUUGCGGUCCACCGGAAGAGAGAACGCCGGGCACGAAAGAGAUCCAUCGUUGGCGACCCUUCCGCAACACUAGCAGCGAGUACUUCCAUGUCCGAAGUCCGAUUAGACGCUUUGGUUGAAGAAGUCAUGGACAGUGUCUUUGCUGGCCAUGUUUUUCGACGUAACGAAGCCGACAAAGUUUGGCAAACUAGUAAUAGAAGCGGACGCCUGGAUAUUGACGAUGCACAAUCUCCUGAUUCGAAUGAGUUGACAGGCGGUCAGGUUGAUGAUACCAUCAAGUACGAAGUUCCGCUUGGACACGAGAGCCAGGUGGCAAUCUUCCUCGACAUCGACCCCUACGUACCGUAUCGCUUCCAUGUAGCCGCCGGUGCAUUACGUCGCGUGGUGAUGAAUCUCUUCGGAAACGCGUUGAAAUACACGCGACACGGCACAAUCACGGUAUCGCUUUCCCAAAAACCACUGUUUUCCAACAACCCGGACAGUAACAGACGAGUGGUACGGAUUUCCGUUACAGAUACCGGUCAAGGUAUUUCCCCAGACUUUCUCCGGAACGAUCUCUUCAAGCCGUUCUCUCAAGAAAACCACCUUUCGCACGGUACUGGGUUAGGAUUGAGUCUGGUUAAGAAGAUUGUAGCGUCCAUGGGCGGCAAGAUAUCGAUAGAGAGUAAAGUCAAUGUUGGAACUACUGCAACUAUUACACUACCUCUGUCUCGAUCGAAUGACCCGGACUCUUCACAACAGGGAGAGGAGAAGAACGAGGUUGACGAGGAGGCAAAACGGUUGAAAGGGUUGCGGGUGCGGUUAAUCGGCUUCCCUUCAGAGGAAGAGAUCAAGCCACGCACGGCAAGUGGUAUUCCAAUGUCUGCUAUGCGGACCAUGUGUCAUCGAUGGUUGGAGAUGGACGUUAUUCAUGAAUCUUCAUGCCGGGACGUAGCACCGGAUAUUGUGCUGUGCAAUGAGAUGGCGAUGGAUGAUCCUGUUUUAACCAGCGAGGAGCUCGUCAGAUCUCCGGUGGUUGUCGUAUGUGCCAAUGCCAUCACAGCGCACAAGCGAUCUUCGGAGCGGAAGACAUCCGAGGAACAGCGAGUUUAUGAGUUUGUUUCUCAACCUAUUGGCCCACAUAAGCUCGCCAGGAUUCUUCACAUAGCUUUCCGUCGAUGGGGAGACUUACAAGCUCUGUCACCACUGAUGCCGACAAAGGUUGAUGGGGAACCCUUAGACCAACAGCCCGACGACUCGACAAGGCCCUCGAAUAGAGGAACUAAGAGAGCCAAUGCUCCAAAUGAUAGCCCUGCGCCGUCAGGCCCGAGAACGGAGUCUAUGAAACGCCCUGGGCCACCAACAAGGGCUUCUCCAGCAAAUGCACACACAGAGGUGUCAAAGGAAUCAUCUUCUACAGACGGAGCUAAGAGCUUCCUAUUGGUUGAUGAUAAUCCCAUCAACCUCUCAGUUUUGUGCGCUUACAUGAAGAAGCUGAAGAGCAAGUAUGCUACAGCAGCAGAUGGACUUGAGGCUGUGGAAAGAUUUCAGGAAAACCCUGACCUGUUUAGCUGCAUUCUAAUGGAUAUUAGUAUGCCGCGAAUGGAUGGCAUUGAAGCUACAAAACAGAUACGAGCCUUUGAACAUAGCAAAGAGCGGGAACCAGUAGUUAUACUCGCUCUGACCGGGUUGGCUUCGGCAAGUGCCCAACAAGAUGCAUACGAAAGCGGAGUGGAUGUUUUCUUGUCCAAGCCGGUUAAGCUCAAGGAGUUGAGCACUAUACUGAGGGAAAAGGAGCUGAUCGGUGGACAGGAUUUGCUAGGCGUUCGGGGUAUAUGGAAGAUCUUUUCAGAUGCGGUCCAAAACUUGAUGAUACUUGAGAACAUUCCCAUAUUUCGACAUUCCGAUGCUAUCAUAUGGUAG